AUGGCAACGUCUCAAUGCUCUUGUGGCCUCAAUCGCCAAAAUUGUCCACGUCACCGGCAAACUCCACCCACCGGUCCGGUGGAAAUAACGCCAUCUUAUUGCUGUUCUUGUUACCUUUUGAGUACUCUUAUCCUCUUCGUUGUCUUUCUCAUCUUGUUAUGUAUGGGAAUGCUUUUCAACCGCAGAAGUUGUAACUUGGAGCUCUUUGCUAACUCCAUCUCCGUCUCAAACGCCUCAACCGCAAACGCCUCAAAAGCUGAUUGGAGAAUCGGUUUUGUUGCCAAGAGUCCUGUCACCGGCUGCCAAAUCUCUCUCCGUACAAUGACAUCUCGUCUCCUUCGUGGCGAUGAGGUUAUCUCCGAGAUAUCUCCGGCGUUGGAUUCUUUUGGACUGCUUGUUGCUUCCGGUGAAACUGACGGGCUGGUGACAAGUGUCGGUUUCGAAAACGCGGUGACUCCGGGAGUUAUCGGCGGUGUGGUUUGGGAUUUUCGAGUGGAGAUUCUCGCCGGAGUCAAGGCAGAUAGUCGACAUGGUCUUUUGACGGUGUUUUGCGGCGGUUUACCGGUGAAAUUUACGGCGGAUUCGACCGGGAAUAUGGUCGGAUCGUUGCUCGGGAGUAUGAGACGGUGUGAGUAUUUAUUCCGGCGAGAUAGAUCUUAUUAA